AUGGCUUCAGAAGACGGUUCAGAAGACGAAAGCAUUUUCAUCACUCCCAGUUCCUCAACAUGUACAAUUUAUGUACCUGAAGAGAGUGAUGAUCAUGACUUUUUGAAAUAUAUCACAGGUACCGCUGCUGAAAACCACAAAGAUGACAGYGUAGAAGGCAAAGAGUCCUCGAAUUUAGAAGAAAAUAUCAGAAAAAAACAAGAUCGAUUUCGAGAACCUAUUUCAGCUUCAGAUUGUGAGAAGUUUGAGGAGAGCUGGGUAUCUGACGCGUCUCGAAGAAAGUGGAAUUGGGUUUUGAAAGUAUUCAAAGACUGGAGAGAUUCAAGAAACCAGGCCAUMAUGAAUGAUGUAUACAGCGGUGAGCCACUACUAAAUAAAGAAUUAAAAGAGUUGUCCGAAGAAGACCUCAAUUUUUUCUUGGUUCGUUUUGUGGCAGAAGUUAAGAAAGAAGACGGCAGUGAAUACCCAGGGAAAACGAUCUACAAGAUGAUUAGCAAUUUGCAAGCCUAUUUACACUAUAACUGUAAGAGAGAUUUAUACCUUAUUGAUAAGAAGGGAUGUAAAUUUAGGGCUUUAAAUUCCGCUCUUAAUUUUAUUUUGAAAGACAGGGCAGGACAAGGGUUAGGUACCGUUGUUAAGCAAGCAAACAUCAUAACGCCCGRACAGGUAGAAAUCCUGUGGGAAAAAGGUUUUUUAGGUAGUCAUAAACCUGAAAUACUCAGAGAUACUUUAGUUUUUGUUCUUGGAAAUUGUUUUGCUCUGAGAGCUGGGCAAGAACAUAGGAAUUUAAGAAUGCACAAUUCUCAGUUAUCGAUACAAACUGACGAGUCUGGUGAAGAUUAUUUGCAAUACGUAGAAGAUAUAAGCAAAACCAAUGAUAAGGGGGCUAGCACACCUUAA